AUGCUGGCUCCUCCAUUGAACUUUCCCAAAUGGCUAAAAGAGAAUGCAGGCUUAUUACAACCUCCCGUAAACAACUUCUGUCUUUGGAACGACGAUUUCGUUGUAAUGGUUGUAGGAGGACCAAAUGCCAGAACGGACUACCAUAUCAAUCCAACGGCAGAAUGGUUUUACCAGACCAAAGGCGAGAUGUUGCUGAAGAUUGUCGACGACGGUGUCUUUCGCGAUCUCGCCAUCAAGGAAGGCGAAAUGUUCCUACUACCAGCGAACACUCCUCACAACCCUGUACGAUUUGCAAAUACGAUUGGCAUAGUCAUGGAACAGCGAAGGCCUAUUGGAAGCAACGACUCAUUGCGAUGGUAUUGUGAAAAGUGUCGAAAGAUCGUCUAUCAAGAGUCUUUCUACUGUACGAACCUAGGAGUCCAACUGAAACCUGUUAUUGAGAAGUGGGCAAACCAACCAAAUUUACGCGAAUGCAAGUCUUGUGGCCAUCACAAUCCGGUCAAAGAAGCUACUGCAAAACUCUGA